AUGACGCUGCAAUUUAUAAGGCGAGUAUUAAAUAUCAAAGGUAGGACUCCUUCAACCAGCUUCGCAUCUUACUCGCCUGUCAUGGACUCUAUCUCCAAAUUUCCGUUUGCCAACCUUCCAACCGAACUCGCCUGCCGCAUCCUCAGAUAUUCCGCACAAGCUACCUUUGACCAGACUGAAAGAUAUCAGGUCAAAAGUCCAUACUCCUCCGCACUCACACUUUGUCUCGUCUCCAAAACUGUCAGGCGCAUUGUGCUUCCCGAACUCCUACACACCAUAUUGCUGCCGAAAUCAGAAAACCUAAACAGGUUUCUCGAUGCUCUAUGUAUGCAGGAAGAGUACGCGGAGAUCCAAAAACAAAACGACCUCCGUUUGAAGCGCGGGGAGGAACAAAUACCAAACGACCUCUAUUUCCAGUAUGCGCCUCACAUACACAAGAUAUGGAUUGGGUGCAUCUACGACAAGAUCGUACCCAAUCACUUGCUCCAAUCAGACUAUGCAUCGGCGCGCAAGCUGACCAUCAGCGUCCUGACUCCAGUGUUGCUCGCUGCGCCGUCCAUUGCCCUUGGUUGGACAACUCUGAAGCUUUUUUCAGAAUCCCUGGAACACGCAUGGAAGUCCCGUGCAGACACAAAUGCCAACGACGAACAUUCACCGCCUCCUUGGAAGACGCAAACUCUGACGCUGUCGGGUGACACAGUCGUCAACUUCCCGUGGGAGCUCCUCACGAACACCCCUCAAGGAUCCGCUUUCAUUUCCUCGAUCUCUCGCCUCGUCUACGGGUCCUACACAACCACAUUCGACUACCAUUUUUUUGUAGCCAUGUCUCGUGACAGAUCUCGAGACUACCACCUACCUCCGUGGAUGAAGAGCUUUC